UAUACCAUAGAAAUAUUUCAAAGUUAAAUCAACUUGAAACAAACGACUUUGCUAUAUAUUGAACAAUUUUGAAGUCUAAUUUUACUCAUUGAAAGCAGUUUAUAGCAUUAAUAUCAUAGUGAAUAAGAAGUACUUACUGAGUGUAAUAUUUUUACUAGAAGCAUUUAAUAUCGCAAUAAGAAAAAUGUUUGAAUUAUGUAUGAUAUUGACAUUAUUUGUGAUAACAACUUCUGCUCAAAAAGAAUGUCUUCAUACUUCAAUGGACCUAAUGUUUGUAUUGGACGGAUCAGGUUCUGUUGGUAACACAAAUUGGGAACAUGUAAAAACUUGGCUGAAAACGUUUGUUUCCCAUAUUGAUCUCGAAAAUGUUCAUGUUGGUGUUGUUCAGUAUUCCCACUGGCUCAGUGGAAGACCAUCAUUUGAACAAAGAUAUGUGAAGACCGAAAUUGAACUUGGAAAAAUAAAAGACCAAACAUAUUUUCAGAAUGCUGUGGACACCAUGGAGUACCAGGGUUUCACAACUUACACCGCACAUGCCAUCAACAAAACAGUCAAUGACGAUUUCAUGAGGUCUGAUCGUUUUAAUGAUUCCUUGGUACACAAGGUCAUGAUCUUACUUACAGAUGGCAAGUCAUUAGACUACUCAUAUCUACCUUAUUCAGCUGCAUACGCCAAAUCGUUUGGAAUAACCACAUUUUCUAUUGGUGUUGGACAAUAUAACAAGGCAGAACUGCAGAUAAUAGCAAAUGGAGAGAAAGGAAACGACGAAAGAGUCCUUAUACUUAAAAAUUUUGCUGAUUUGAGUGAAACUGUUGGCUCGCUACAGAAUAGCAUUUGUGAAUAUGUGAACGUCACUGGGCAGAAUUCCUGUACUCACAGAUGCAUAGAUCUAAUGUUUGUACUAGAUGGGUCGGCAUCUGUAGGACAAUCAAAUUGGAAUCAAGCCAAGUUAUGGGUUAAAAUGUUUGUUGACAAACUUGAUUUAGAAGAGUCAGUUGCGGUUGGUGUAGUUCAGUUCUCCCAUUGGCUAAGUGGAGCUUCAUCUCAACCUUACAUGAAAACAGAGAUACCGCUAGGAAAAUACGACAAUGUCACAGCAUUUUAUAGAGCUUUGGAUGAAAUAGAACUUUUUGGAUACACAACUUACACCGCUCAUGCAAUCAAUAAAACCGUAAACGAAGAUUUUAUGGGAUCCGAUUGUUUUGAUAGACCUUCAGUGAAAAAAAUAAUGAUCCUGCUCACAGAUGGAAUGUCAUCAGAUGGUUCCAAGCUUUCUUCCGCAGCUUCAUAUGCUCGAUCAAACCUAAUAAACAUAUUCGCAAUCGGAGUAGGAUCAGCGGUACCUGUUGGUGAGCUUCAGAUUAUGGCAACAGGAGAGCUGGAUAAUAUGAAACAAGUUUAUCCUGCAAAUACUUUUGACUCAUUAAAGGUUCUCUUGAAAUCAUUGAAAGUUGAUAUCAACUCGGAUCUUUCUGAUUUGUGCUCAAUUUGAAAACAAUCAUUGCGGCAGCUGUUUACUUUCCUAUAGAGUGAAAAUGUGAUGACUACAUGGCCAACCUGUUCGAGUGAAAUCGAUUAUCAUUCUACUUAGUAUUUUCUUCAAGUAGUUCCUAAAAAAGAUACAGACUCAUUGAUCAAAAAUAUAUACAGAAUGUUAUUAAAAAAACAAAAAUAAAUUAAUACAAGAAAA